AUGUUCAAGGGUCCGGACGAUAUCUACCUGACCUUCACAUAUGAAGAUUAUAAUACGCUCAAGUCCGACUGGCUGACGGACAACGUGAUUGGGUUCUGGGAGGAAUAUCUGGAGCAUGAAUUGCUUUCGUUUUAUAAAACUCGCAUCAUCCUCCUUCGACCUAGCAUGUCAUUUCUCCUGUUCCAGACUCCGGACCCAAAGACACUGGGCAACGCUUUGCCAGAUUUCAGUCGUGCUUCUCACAUUUUUCUACCCAUCAACGACUGUCAAAAUGGCAUGCAGGCCGAAGGCGGCACCCACUGGUCUCUGCUGCUUGUCUCCCUCGCGGACCAAGUAGCUUUCCAUUAUGACUCCCUGCCACCUGGAAACAUUACCGAGGCACACGCGGUUACGGAAAAGAUCAGCAUCAUCUGCGAAAAGCCUAUCAAAUUCAUGCAGAUGCCUGAUUGCCCCGUACAACAAAACAACAAUGACUGCGGAGUAUUCGUCUGCAUGAUGAUGAGAUAUCUCCUUCAGCAUCGGCUCCUGCAAGCAAAUUCGAAGGAAUACAUCACCAUGGCCCUAGAUGGCGUUCCGCUCGACCCGGCCGAGGCACGCAAGGAAAUAGUGCAGAUUAUCCAUCAGUUAAAGAGGGACAGAGAUCGGAGACGAUCGUACGUAACUUCAUCCGCUGAUCCUGCUGCUGCAUCGCGCAUAUUUGCAAAGCCUCACUCCAUCAUUGCCCGCACCCAAUCUUCCCCUGCCCACCGCACCCCCGCUACUGCUUCCUCCGCAGACUCUCCUGCCUCAACUCGCCCUCGCCACUCCAGAGUCUCUUUGUUUACUUAUUUCGCUAUCUGUGCCUCUGUUAUUGUUUUGAUCGCGGCUGCUCUUGCCUUCUACCUCCCUGAUAUCAACAUGACGUCUCUUUACCACGGCUACACACACAUUCAGUCUCCUGUUUGUGGCGAAUAUUGUCACAAACUCGACUCUGCUCUUUCCUCGGCCCGUUCUCAGCUCUCCCCCUAUCUUUUGCAAAUGCACGAACAAUUGAAUGAGCUUCAUGACUUUGGGAGGGAGUACUUUGCUAAGGUGUAUGAUGCGUUCUCCCGUUUGAGAAGAAUAUAG